GGGAGUAGGAACAUAAGAGAAGUCAAAAGUGAGAAGGAAACGAUGGUGUGGGGGAUGUAAUAGGAAGGUAAAGAAUACAUUUGUGUACUAAGCGACACCAUACAAUCUUGGUUAUGAAAGUAAGUAGAUACAUUCAACAAGCAACACGUGCGUUUACUAUACACAUCAUAAAUAUAGCUAGCUGUCUGCUAUGUUUCAUGCCUGCAACGUGCGUGAACGUGUCUGUAUUUCGAUAAAUGCGACAGAGUCAUGUCGAAAUACAACCGAGGAAGUAACAUUUUUGCUGGGUUCAGAUCCUUAGGAUUUGUCUGCAACAAUGUGCCACAUGGAAUGCGCUACCAUGCAAGAUCAAAAGACCAUUAUGUGAUCACCGCCAUCGGAAAAGCCUUCCACACAUACCGGGUAUCCAAGUUGGCAAUCGUCGCAGUGAGUGACACCCAUCCGGAAGAUAUCACCUGUCUGGUUGCUGAUGCCUUCCUAGCUUACACUGCUUGCAAGAAUGUAGUACGGGCAUUCACACUUGGACAGAAGGUUGUUCAUACGUACAAUGGUCACACCUCUGAUGUCCAUCUUUUGCUGCCGUUUGGUGACCAUCUCGUUAGCGUUGAUGCAGACAGUAAUCUCAAGAUAUGGGAUAUCCAGUCAGAAGAGCUGUAUUUAGAUCUACCGUUCGACAACAACAUAUUCCGGAUAUCAGCUCUGAUGCACCCAGCGACAUACCUCAAUAAGAUAUUAUUAGGAAGUCAUCAGGGUGGCAUGCAACUAUGGAAUAUCAAAUCAAAUAAGUUGCUGUAUACUUUCCAGAACUUGGAUUCUCCUAUAACAGUCAUCAAGCAGUCUCCAGCAGUUGAUGUCGUAGCUAUAGGUCUCGCUAACGGAAAGAUCAUUCUGCUCAACAUCAAGUAUGACGAGACGAUCGUGACUUUCACCCAAGACUGGGGACCUGUCACAGAUAUUGCCUUUCGCACAGAUGGCAACCCUAUCAUGGUGACUGGUAGCACAGCAGGACAUCUUGCCAUCUGGAACCUUGAAGAGCGCCGCCUACAGGCCCAGAUGAGAGAUGUUCAUGCCGGAGCCGUGGCCGCUGUUUCGUUCCUCACCUCUGAGCCCAUUCUUGUGACCAAUGGUGGUGAUAAUACUCUCAAGGUAUGGAUAUUUGACCAACCUGAUGGAAGUGGACGAAUCCUGAGACUGAGGAAAGGCCACAGUGCUCCACCAACCUGCAUCAAGUAUUAUGGCAAGAUGGGCAAAAACAUUCUAAGUGCAGGUCAAGAUGGUACUCUGAAAUCUUUCUCCAUGGUCCACGACAAGCACAACAAAGAUCUUGGUGUUGCAGCCUAUGACAAGGCACCAGGGAAGAAGAAGGACAGUAAGAAAGGAUGGAAACACAUGAGGCCUAUCACAUGCUUUGCUGCAGAAACAAGUCGUGAGAGUGACUGGGAUGGUAUAGCAGCCUGUCAUCAGGGUACAUCCAUGGUGACAACAUGGAACUACCAGAAGAGCAACAUGGGCAAACAUAAAAUCAAACAUGAUCGCUUCAAAGGAGUACCGGGUGUCCAGGCAACGGCUGUGGACAUAUCAUCAUGUGGUAACUUCUUAGCCGUAGGCUGGAGUACUGGAGAUGCAGACCAAUACAACAUUCAAUCAGGGAUUCACAGAGGGACAUAUGGUGAUCCUAAAGCCCAUGAUGGUGCAAUCCGUGGUCUAGCCAUCAACGGUCUCAACCAGGUCGUUAUCACCGGGUCAGCAGAUUGUCAGCUCAAGUUCUGGCAUUUCAAGAAGAAGAAUCUCCUUCAAAGUUUAGAGUUUAGUCUUCCCAUUAGUCAGCUCCUCCUGCAUAGAGAAAGUUCCAUGUUAGCUGUUGUGACAGACGACUUCACCAUCCAUGUAGUUGAUGCAGAUCUCAAGAGGGUUGUGAGAAGGUUCUCUGGACAUCAUAACAGAGUCACAGACCUGGCAUUUAGUCAAGAUGCACGAUGGCUCAUCACAUCAUCCAUGGACUGUACAGUAAGGACAUGGGAUCUUCCUACUGCAAAGUUAAUAGACUGUUUCCUUGUGGAUGAAGCUGUUACGAGCGUCACACUCUCACCAACCAAUGACUUUCUAGCUACCUCACAUGUUGACGAUCUAGGCAUCUAUUUAUGGUCCAACAAGACCCUGUACAGCCAUGUGAGCAUAAGACCUCUACCUGAUGACUAUGUGCCUACUCUCAUCAGCUUACCCGGGACUAGUGCUGAGAAAGGUCAAGCUACUGGAGUGGAUGUUGAGGCUGGAGAUGAGAAGAUGGAGGAGGAGGAUGAGGAAGAAGAGAAGGAGGAGGAGGAGUUGAUGGAGUUCAAAUCACCAGAUCAGAUAGGAGAAGAAUUGAUAACCCUCUCAUUGCUUCCUAAUUCAAGAUGGCAGAGUCUUACUCACUUAGAUCUUAUUAAGAAAAGGAACAAGCCAAAACAACCACCCAAGGCACCCAAGGCAGCUCCAUUCUUCCUACCGACAGUAGCAGGUCUUACACCCAAGUUUAUAGCCAGCUCUGAUGAACAGACAGAUAAGCCAUCAUCUCACGUCCUGAACCUGUCCAACAUGGAGAUGAAAUCUGACCUGUGUGUCCUUCUUGAGAAAGGGACUUCCCCUGAACAUUAUGAUGCGGUGCUGAAGUUCCUGAAGACCAUGUCUCCAUCUCGUAUUGACAUGGAGUUUAGAUCAUUGGAUCCCGUAGGAGGUGGUUCUGUGCUGGCUAUGAGGCAGUUCAUCUCAUUCCUUCACUACUCCUUGACUACAGGCAGGGACUAUGAACUCAUACAGGCAUAUCUAGCCCUCUUUCUCAAGCUUCAUGGUGCCAUGAUUGCAAGAGAAUCAGACUUAGCAGAGGAGCUCUCCUCACUCGCACAGAUACAGGAGUCGUCAUGGUUACGCAUCCAGAGACAUUUCGACCAGAGCCUGUGCCUUGUCAAAUACCUCAAGAGUGCCAAAAUAUAAUAUAAUAUAGUGGACAAUAGAAGAAUUCAUGAUAAACUUUGGACCCCAAUAAACGAUAGUUCCAUAUGUGCUUCUUAUUAAUUAUAUACAGUAUGCUGAGAGCCAGAAGGGUGUUAAUGCUAUUUAUUUUGUGGUCUAUUGCCUAACGCCCUUUUUGUUCAGCAGGGUACAAUGUGGUAAUCAUAAUAAUACCAGUCUCUUGACCUCUGAUGACCUCAAUUUAUUAUGUUCAUUGUAUUUGCAUCAUCAAUUUACAAAAGAAUUGCUUCUUUUUUUUUAAAUCAGAAAUAACUGGCAAUCUUGAGAUUACAAACCGCCAUUAACAAAUAAGUUUAUAUAAUGGUUAUCUGUUUGCUUCACAGCUAAAAGUGUGAUGAAUGCAAUAUUUAAAUAACAAAUGGUAAUCAGAAUUAUGAGUUAUGUAUUCCCUGAAAGAAAAAGAAAAAUCUUUCUGUGCAGGGUAGAGAAGAGACAAGAUUAGCACAUUGAUUAUGAAUAUUCACAAAUUUCAGAUUUUAGUACUGUUGUAAAACCAUAUUUAUUGUGCUUAUGAAAGACGUGGAAGCAUGAGGAUACAUAAGUUGUAAACUAUCAAAUGUGUUACUUAUAGUAUUCCAUCCCUAGAGAUCCACGCUGUUUAAUAGCCCUAUUUGUUUGACAUUAUCUAAUAAUUUUGACUUGAAUUCAGUGAGAUACGUAGGUACAUCACCCCCUUAUCAAUGAAAACAAAGUACUUUCACUGGAAAUUGAAUGAAUUAGAAAUCAUGUACAUGUAAUACAGUAUUUUGAUUAUUUCAUAUCUUGGAACAAAUUAUGGAUAAAACAUUCAAACCUUGUUUUAAUAAUGUUCUCAAAACACAGUUUUGCUGGUCCCAAUUUUUUUUUUCCCCUUUUUUUAGCCAUUUGCUGUAAAACCAGAAAAUUAAGUGACCUGGAAUUUUUCGGAUUGUCCAUAGUUCAAGUUUUUUUAGGCAAGAUAUUUUCUGAGACUUGCUAAAAUACAAUGUUGAAAUUUAGAGGCAUAAAACGUUCAUAAAUCAGGACCACUUGAAUAGGUCAUGAUAGUUUCUGGUGUAACAGUAACAAGAUUUCUCAAAUGUAACAAAAGGAAUUGGUAGGGAAGGGUCAAAUUCUGUAUGUAAUCGACCUAUAAUGAAAUUCAGCAACCAAUUAUUCCAUUUGAUUUGGAAACAAAGAUGCAUUUUAACUAUGUACAUGUAUUUCUUAUUAAAGUAAACUGUAAGGAACAGUUUGUACAUCUAA